AUGGUAUUGAUGAUUGUUCUUUUCAAGUUCAAGUUGCUUCUAUAUAGGGGACAAGCAGAGAAAGAAUCUAGAGUUGAAGUGGAGGCCAUUGGUUAUGUAAGACACAAGAAAUCUCGUACGGCUCCUUGGCUAUUGCAUAGAAGGAGUUCUAGUAUGUCUUCACUUGACUUUUUUGAGUCUCUUCUUAGAGAAUAUGACACUGUCAGUAUGUCUUCAGUUGACUUUUACUUGAGCAGGAUGCUGGCCUAUGAAUAUUUGAACAAUGGAAACUUGGAGCAAUGGUUACAUGGGGCUAUGCGGCAAUAUGGCACCCUGACUUGGGAGGCCCGAGUGAAGGUGGCACUACCAAGGCUUCUCUUAAUUCCCGUUCAUAAUUCCAGUGAUUUUCGGAUCAAAGGGCUAGCAUAUUUACAUGAAGCAAUUAAACCAAAGGUUGUUCACAGAGACAUAAAAUCGAGCAAUAUCUUAAUCGAUGAUGAAUUUAAUGCAAAGGUUUCAUAUAUUGGAUUGGCCAACAUUUUGGAUGCAGGAGAGAGUCACAUCACGACUAGAGUGAUGGGAGCAUUUUGGCAUGUGGCACCAGAAUAUGCUAACACCGGCUUGUUAAAUGAGAAGAUCAACAUUUAUAGCUUUGGUGUUCUCCUUCUAGAAACAAUCACAGGAAGGGACCUGGUUAAUCUUGUUGAGUGGUUAAAAGUGAUGGUUGGCACAAGGAGAGCUGAGGAAGUUAUUGACCCUAGUCUUGAAACUAAACCCAAUAAGAGACCAAAAAUGACCCAAGUUGUUAGGAUGCUUGAAGCUGUUGACUACCCGUCCCAUGAGGUCAGUAUGUUUAACAUUCCUUACCAUCAAUUGAACUCCUUGUUUGCUUGUUUAGAUGUUUUGUAUCUUGAUUCUGGCUCUGGUUUUACUUUUCAUCUCAUAUUACAGCUCUAG